AUGAAGUAUUCACCUAUUGAAAAAAUGUGCCUUGCAUUAAUCUUUGCAGCUAAAAAGUUGAGACAGUAUAUGCUAUCACACACAAUCAAUCUCAUUUCGAAGAUUGAUCCAUUGAAGUACAUAAUGUCUAGGCCAAUUCUCUCUGGCAGGAUUGGAAAAUGGGCACUACUAUUGUCUGAGUUCGAUAUCAAAUUCAUUCCACAAAAGGCAAUUAAAGGACAAGCUUUGGCAGAUUUCCUAGCUGACCACCCAAUUCCAGCGGAAUGGGAACUUCAAGAAGAUCUUCCCGAUGAAGAUGUUCCAUUCACUGAAGCCAUACCAUCAUGGAGGCUAUACUUCGAUAGGGCAGCCCGAAGUUAUGGUGCCGGAGCAGGAGUAGUCUUAGUCACUCCCUAUGAUCUUGUCAUGCCCAGCUCUUUUGCCUUAGCAGAGAAAUGUUCAAACAACGUAGCGGAAUAUCAAGCCCUUAUCCUUGGUUUAGAAGCAGCGUUAGAUAUGGAUAUCCACCAGCUGAAAGUCUUUGGAGAUUCUAAAUUGAUAAUCAACCAACUUUUAGCUGAGAAUGAAGUUCGAAAUUCAGACAUGAAACCAUAUUAUGAAUAUGCAUCAAUGCUUAUGAGACGAUUUGAUUCAGUAAAAAUUAAAUUCGUCCCGAGAAGUGAAAACAGGGAAGCUGAUGCCUUAGCUAAUAUGGCUGCUAUUUUAGCAAGGUCAAAUGAAGAUUUCUCACAUUCCAUAUCAAUUGCUCAAAGAUGGGUGUUUCCAUUGUUGCUACCCAGUAAUUUGGAAGAAAAUAAUAGUGUCGAAGUACUCGAAAAUGAGGAAAGAGAGGAUUGGAGACAGCCGAUAAUCGAUUUCCUUCAACAUCAAAAGCUAUCAGAUAAUCCAUGGCGAAAAACUAUAAUCAAGAGGCGUGCCUCUCACUUUAUCUUUUAUAAGAGAACACUUUAUCGAUGA